CAUAGUAAAAUAUUUAUUUCGCUUUCGAAAGCAUUUUAAUCCUUGAUGAAAUUUCCCAGAACUUUUAAGAAAUGAAAUAAUGUCACCCUCGUCUUUGCGACAUUGUUCAUCAGCUCUGAGAGACUAGACACCACCAUGACAGUAUGGAGCAUCUUCAGUAGACAAAGAUGUAUAUUUUCCUGCUUCCUGUUUGUUAUAUACACUUGCAUCCGGCCACUCCAGGGCUAAGACAGCGAGAACAUUCUGCACUAAAAGCAGGACAAUACUGUAACUAUAGAGCAAACAUGACAGGAUAUGGUGUCAUACUAAUCCUUGUUUGGACAUCAUCAUUAACCGCUGCUCCACUCGAAGCCUGUGCCAUUGAAGGAUGGUUUGGUCCUGACUGUGUCUUUAAAUGUCGGUGUCAGAAAGCGUGUCAACAGACCGGGAAUUGCAUGACUGGUGACACAUGUGAGAGUGGUUACACUGGAACAGCAUGUCAGUAUGCUGACGCCGCGUUCAGGGGAGCCAGAAGUCCUGACGCCAUGAACAUCAGCGAGGAAGUCGUUGCUGACGAAUUUAAGGACCAAUCAGGAACGUGCGUUACGUCACACAGCAGCGUUAGCGCCACCUGGAUGGUGCAACUCAGCGCUUUGUCCUGGGUCACCCAGGUCAACGUUCAUGUCCCCGAGAAAGCACAGCGACCUGAACAUGUACGUCUGCAGGAAGGAAGUGGUGGAGACAUUGAUGAGGCCCCAUUACAAUUUGUGAGGGAAGAAGGAGAGAAUCUUGUGUAUCGCCCUCGUCAGCCGCGGCGAGCAUCCGGGGUGUGCAUCACCGCACCUUCUGGUCUGAUGACGAGCUAUAAGGUGCACGUGAUCAGCGGUCGCAAUUUAGCUUUGAAGAAAAGUGCGAGCAAGUCUCCCAACGAUACUAACACCGCAAAGGGCGCAGACAAAGCUGUCGACCACGAGACCAACCAAGUCGGUCCCGAUACCUGUACUGAAGUCUGGUACCCUCAGUUACGGGUAGCCAAAGCACACCUACAGUUUGGAAGGUGUACCUGGGUGCCCAUGCAGUUAUCUGGAGAGUGGAAAUUCACGAUAAAAUGAGACGUAAGUUCUAUACGAAACACUGGCUUUCAUAUCUCUGUGGGUGUUAGAAAUGAAAGUAUGGAGACUGUCUAUGAGACGAAUGCAACAGAGCUGCAGUCAAGUACAGUCGUUUCUUUGGACAAACCCAGGAAUGCCACGGAUGUUUACAUUAUUCACUCGACUGGACGAACUCUUUCUCUCUGUGAUGUCAGAAUCUUUGGCGAUUGUCUGGACGGUUAUUACGGGUGGCUGUGUGAGGAUGUGUGCACCUGUAAGGACCCAGCAGAAGUAUGUGACAAGGUGUUGGGGUCCUGUCCACAAACAGGCUGCAGGACAGGGAGGCGUGGACUCGGAUGUCAAGAGCGUUGCGCUCCUGGUUACUAUGGCGAUGGAUGUGAAACCAAAUGUGACGAAUGUAUUGACGAAGAUUGUGAUCCCGUGAAUGGAACGUGCAUGAGAGGGUGUCUCGCAGGCUGGACAGGCGACAGGUGUGAUGAAGCGUGUCCAACAGGCACGUACGGCAACAACUGUAAGAACACCUGUAGCGUCCAUUGUGAGGACCAAGACUGUUUCCCUGGAAACGGCACCUGCACCAAGCCCUGCCCACCUGGGCAAACAGGAAGCUUUUGCGACAAAGUGUGUGCCAACGGAACAUACGGGUAUUCAUGUGCCAGCAUCUGCAGCGACGUGUGCGUGGAGAGCAUCUGCCACCCUGUCAACGGCACGUGCAGUCGUGGGUGCAAGACUGGCUUAGUGGGAGACGACUGCAGUCAAGAGUAUACAUCUGUGACCUUUGGCCCCGAGAGGAGAGACAAGGGCAGCACCAACUGUGCCAGUGGUGAACCACCUCCAAACCUCAGUGGAAUUUUUGCCACGUGUUUCAGCAUCGGCUUUGUUAUCUCCCUUGCAGUAUACGUGACUAUAAAAAGGUGCCGUUGCUGUGUAAGGAAUCUUUCAUCCAUCGUCUAUAGAGUAUGAUGCAUCUAACAGUAUCAUCGACGAUAAUAACAAGGCGAACCUCCGAGAUAGCAGAUGGAGGUAGAGUAUUCAGCAGUGACACAGAAGUCAAGAGUUUUGACAAUACUGACACAGCAGACACGGAGUGUCAAGAGCUCUGACGCAGAUGACUGAGCAACAGGAAAUGUGCCAGUAAUCGUCCCCUCAUCAUCAAUAUUCCAGACAACAAUGAUGAACUAUUCUUGUAGCCUUAAACAUGUACGACCUAAACUCAGAAUAUUAAAUAACCGUCUGAAAUCGUUGAUACCACAGCGCCAACUCUAGCACCAGCAAUGCCAGCACCACAACCACCGCCAUUACCAGAACCUCUUGGAGUUGUCUAGUCCAGAUGGUUCUCGCAGGCCAUUGGUGUAAAGCUCCACAGUUUUCAUAGGAUACCCGGAUCAAAGCCAACAAACUGUAACUGUGUCCUGAAAAUAUACUAAUGACUCAUUUGAACUAGGCAAAUUUUAUGGUUUUAUAGAAAAAUCAAAAUAAAUAUAUUUGUCGCGUGUCAUGAUUUCGUCUAGGUCUUCAUUUCUCUCAGCGCGUGGGACGCUCCUGUAUUGGAGAGGUAGCUCACAGCAGACGACGAUUGACGUUUGUUUUCAGGCUAUUUUUGGCCGGCUCGCGGGAAAAGGUCAAGGCCUUCGCCCGUUGUCUGUAUCAGCACCUGACGUCACAGGCUUGCGACGUCACGUGAGGUUUGCUUGAAGGGGGGGUCGCUGUUGUUGAGAGAUUUCUUACCAAGGCGCUGAGUAGAGCGGAGAGUUUUUUUUUUGAGAAGACGGCUGG